AUGAGAAAUGAGAGGGACUUGGCCAAGGCGAAGUCGACCAACAAAUACUCUAUUGCGACUUAUCAUCAGCUGCAAGCACAAGCACUCGAGAAUUACUUGAAACAUUGCUGCGCCAGCUACUUCUUUACAAGAGCUGUAUCUUACAGCAACAUUGAAAUAUACUAUGGGUCUGGAGGCAAGAAAAUAAUCGCAAAAACACUUCAAGACAUACUGCUGCCUCCCGUUCUUGUUCCAGAGGUCAGUAUGCGCCUAGUUAGGGAAGAUCUUGAGUCGCCCGUUGAGACAGAAGAAGAUUGUGAUUGCACCAUUAGCCUAGCAUAA